AUGGACGGAUAUACCCCAAACCCUCCUCAAGACAAUGCGACAGUCAACACUUUGCGCUGCCCUCCUCCUGGAGUUAAUACUGGCGGAGGAGAUGAAGUGAUAUAUGUGCCGAUGAUAAAUCAAACAAUUCGAAGAAACCGCAUUAUUGAAGUGCCUGAGGUGCAUGUCAUAGAGAAACUUGUCCCGAAAAUUACAGUUCAAGACGUCAUCAAAAAGGUGCCCAAAGUUGAAGUCCAGUGGGUCGAAAAAAUCGUCGAAGUCCCCCAAAUCAAAGUAAUAAACAAGAUUGUCGAAGUGCCUCAGAUCAAAGAAGUUGUUCGCUUCGUCCCUCGCGUAGAAAUUCAAGAAGUUGUCCGCCACAUCCCAAAAUUUAAUAUUCAAAAAAUUCAAAAAUUCGUCGAAGUCCCUCACGUACAAAUCGUAGAAAAAAUUGUUGAAGUCCCUCAAAUUCAAGAAGUUAUCAAAUAUAAAGAGAAGAUAGAAGUGGUGGACAUCCCUGUAGAAAGAGUGCGUCGCGUGCCGAAGAUAAAUUAUAAAAUUGUCGAACGCAUGCAUGCAAUCCCUGGGGCUGUAGAGUUGCUGAACAUUCCUCAAGAAACUGUCGUCACCAAACCCGUCGUUGAACUCAUCGAAAAAGUCGUCCCCGAGCCUGAAAUACAGGAGUUUGUUGUUGAAAACCCUAUACCUGUCCCCUCUUCAUUACCCCCUGUUGAAUUGCCUGUUGAAGUCCCGGUGUAUAUCGACGUUCCGCAGUAUUACCCAGUAAAAGGAAAAGUUAUUCCUGUUGAAAAAGAAAAAAUCUACGAAAAAAUCGUAGAAGUUCCGGUGUACGUACACCUCAAUAAUUGUACUAAUAACACAUUAUCAUCCUAUUAA